ACAGCGUUGAGGGAGACUUUCAUUCCUUCAGAAUUAGUAAGGCGUAGCUAGGGUUAGCUAGAUGAGAGACGAGUAAAACGAAAGGAAAACGACAACCUUGGAUGCCAGUUUAAACGGAUAUAUGUUUUCAAGCAAACGGCGUACUGAGGAGACAAGCAUGAGCAAUUUCAGCAGACCAGACAGACACAGGACACCGGUAUUCACCAGGGCAACGCACCUUGGAACAUCAAAGCCUGACCUGGAGAGAGAUUCGGGCUUCUCAGAUGCCAGCUCUGAGUACCUAAGUACAGUCGAUCUGACUGACUCUGAAGAUGCAGGAAGGACUGGGUCCAUAUUUAGCCAGGACCCGACUGGUCCACAGGUGGCUGUAAUGGGAGGCUCGUACACUGGACUGUCUCCAAUGAUCAUCAUGAACAACUUUGUCCUAAAUCAGCCAUCACAGCUGGCUCCAACAGAGAAACAGUGGGGCUUCCCUUCACCUUUGGAAGUGAUGCCUCAAUCACAAGUGGUUCUUCUCCAGCCCAUGGUAUCAAAUGGCAGCAGCAGCUCUCCAAAGACUUGUUCUGAAAAUAUCCGACAAUCAAAAGGCUACAUGCCCAUCCUCAAGUCGUACCCCAGAAUUGCCCCUCACCCCGCAGACGUGCCUACUAAGAGGGUGGGAUCAUCCAGAGUGAGGGGGCAUUCAACAUCAGGAUAUGACCAGAGACAGAGGAGGCACCGCCACAUCCACAGGCUUUACAGGCCUCCCAGCCCGCAGCCAGCAUUGCAGACUCCAGUCAAACCCAUGUCCAACUCUGAAAUAACAAACAACCAGGCACAGGCAGCCGAGAACCAGCAGCAGUUCGAUGACAAGUCUCUCUACCCUCUGGCAGGAACCAGCUCUCUGGCCCCCAGCACAGAUGAAUUCAGCACAGAGGUGGACAGCGAUGGGAUCCAUGCUGACAAAUACCAGGACGCGCUCUCAAUGGACAGCAACAAACUGAAACGUUUCAGCAAUACCUACAAUAUUCUCAACAAGUCUGGCCUGCUGGGAAUCACCAUGCGCACAAAGCAGCUGAUCAAGGAGAAUAAACGCACCCAAGGCCAGCUGCAGCAGCUUCAAGAGCAAACGGCUCUGCUGCUGGAGGCUAUUAACAGCAGAGACCCACAGCUCUGGACUAAACUCCAGCUGUCUCUGCAGGACAUGGACAAUGAACAGUGGGGGGCUAAAGCUCAGAGAAUCCUGGCAUAAUGUAUUGGUGCACGUGGCCAGCAGUUCUCAAUCUGGAGGGGACAUAAGAUGAUUUCCUGAAUGCAAACAAAAUAUAUCUCAAAUCUUUACAAGAAAAGCUUUCUUUUUGUGAAAUAGUCAAUACAGCAUCUAGCAUAAUAACCACACAAACAAUAACUGAACUAAACCACAUGCUUUAAUGCUUUUGUCAGGAGGUUGUAAGUACAAAUCAUCUUAAAUGUCCAGGAUGGAGACAAAAACAUUCAGAACUGCUGGUUUAAGCUCCAGACAUGAAGCUGCAGUACAUCCACUAUUACCAAGUGGGAGUUAGGAAGCAUGCUUACAUAUAAAACCCUUGCCUAUAAUAAAUGUUCUUCAAUCUGCUGUUUGAAAUAGCAAGUGUCACUUGCAAUAGGGCUAUGCCUUCUAUAUGACAAACUCCUAAUUGCAUAAACGCAUGCCUUACAGCACAUGUGAGGACACGGGGUUAAAUCCUUAUACAUGUCUUGAAUGUGUUUUCUGUAGAGAAAAUUUGAAGCAUAAUUUUAACUUUUUAGAUCAAAUAGAAAACCCAGUAAGGACAUAUGUGGCCUGUUUUUUGAUUUUCUCUUUACUGAGAUGCAUAUUGACUCAUUGAAGUUUUUCCUAUUUACUUUGUUUUUACAUUGUAUAGUUAACCAGGCUGGCAAAGGAGACAUGUCUCCUUUUUCAGCAAGUGUGUAUAACAGCUGGAUUGCUCACAGAGUUCAGAGGGCUGGCUUAACCACAAUGUUUUUGUUUUUUCAAAUAUACAUUGGUUAGUUGUCAGUAUUAUUUAUUUUUAAUAUUGUUUUUAACCAGGACUAAAGCUGUGUGAAUAAUAUAAACAAACUAAGCACAUUAUACCGAAUUUGCCAGCUCACUGGUGAAGCAAGCUCUACAUUCAAAGACGUGGGAAUUUGCAAAAAUUUAAAUUGUAGCAAGUGAAGUGCUGUAGCCUUAUAAACUGUCUUUGCAUAUGUUGCUGCCAUGCUUGUUCCUGUUGCAGAUUUGAGCUUGAUAUGAUGUAGUAUUAACUGAAACUUUAAGACAGAGAAAUGACAGCUAAAUAUUUUUUGUUUAGUUCCUAUUACAAACUCUUGCACUUUAGUUAGAAGGUUACUGGUAACAUUGUUAGACCAAUGUUACGGCUCGUGUCUCUAAAUGAGCAUUCUGUCUUGAGAAAAUAAUAUGAAUAUAAAUGUUUAACUGGAUGCCUGUGCCUUUUGAAUAUGUUUAUGUUUGUACUUCAUAUCAGUGCUUGAGCAGCUUAGAUUUCUGUAUUUUACUUGUGAGCUUCAUGUGGCAGAAAGUGGAAUGUACUUAAGGGACUCCAAAGAAUUAGCAUUCUUCUUUGAAAGUGUAGAAAGUGGCUCUGGUGAGCUAAUACAUUCAGAGUUGCAGUGGAAAGAUACUCGUCAAGAUAAAGUCAUGAAUGGUUCAGUUUUAAACAUUAAGUUUUAAGGUUAAUUGGUGUAUUAUUUAUUUUAGCAAUGUUUUCUGAUCAUGAGUAGCUGUAAAACUAAGAAAUAAUUCAAUUAGUCUUGGUUUUGAAAUGGUAAAAAGAGGGUUGCUGCAAAAAUCAUUUUGAAUCACUUUUCAGAAAUUGCUUUUUCCCUGCUAUUGUGAAAUGUGCUUUCUGUAUCUUUUCUUUAGCAAAAGACACCUUGACUAAUAAUGCCAUAAAACUUUGUUUGA